CGGAGAUGAACAGGGAGGGGGCGAGAGAGAGAGAGUCCCUGGGAGGGAGAAAGCUCCUGAUUGCAGAAUUAGAUAUAGAGGACCUCUUCUGGCAGGGAGGCAAGAUAGGCAGAGGAAAUCAAGGAGGGGAGAGAGAGAGAGCCAGAGAACCUGAAGCUUCUCUUAUUUUGCCGCUCUCUGCAAUCAGAUAUUUCAGGAUCCCUUCUAGUUCUUUCUCUUUCUCUGAGGAAUUUCUUGCAGAAAGAGCUCGGACAGGCGCAAGGGAAGGACACGCGCAUACACCAAGGGCUCAAGAUGACAGCUGCUGAAGACGUCAAACCGGUUGAGAACAAGGCGGAAGAAGCCGCCGUCGUCGCUCAAAAGGAGGUCGAACCUGCUAUGGUUUCUGAGCAGAAGGUCGAAUCGCCCGAAAAAAAGCCCAUCGCGGCUGGUGAUCAUGCGGACGAGAAGCCUGUGGAAGGGAACGCAGACGGGAGACAGAGCAUCGAUGAAACAAAGAAACUAUCCGCUCCUUCAUUCAAGGAAGAGAGCAACUUUCUUUCGGAUUUGUCAGAGACUGAGAGAAACGCACUCAAUGAGCUCAAAUCCAUGGUGGAGCAAGCAAUUCACAGGAACGAGCUCAUCGUGGAACCCUUGCAGGAAGAGUCGGAGGCACCUCAAGAAGCAAAAGCGUCGGAGGCCGAGAUAGUAGCUAUUGGAGAAGCAGAAAAGAGAGAGGCAACUCCUCAAGAAGCGAAAGAGGGAGAGGUCGCUCCCCAAGAAGAAAAAGAGGGAGUGGCAACUCCCCGAGAGGCAAAGGAGCGAGAUGCAGCAUCCGGAGAAGCAAAAGAGGGAAAAGCAGUGGCUGACAACGAGAAGAAAGAUGAAAACCAUAACCCCCAAAUGGUAGACGAGGACAUCUGUUUAUGGGGUGUGCCUCUUUUACCCAGCAAGAAUCUGGAUACCACUAACGUCGUGCUGUUGAAGUUCCUUAGGGCCAGAGAUUUCAAGGUAAAUGAGGCUCUUGAGAUGCUGAAGAAAACGAUCAGAUGGAGGAAAAAUUCACAGAUCGAUUCGCUUACAGAGGAGGAAUUGCAGUCUGGCCUUGAAGGAGCUGCCUACAUGAAUGGUGUGGACAGGGAAGGCCACCCUGUCUGUUACAAUGUGUAUGGUGUCUUUGAGGAUAAGGAUCUGUAUCAAAAGGUGUUUGGGUCGGAGGAGAAAUGCGAGCAAUUUUUCAAGUGGAGGUUGCAAGUGAUGGAGAAGGGAAUAAAGCAACUGGAUUUCAAACCAGGUGGUAUCUCUUCCAUACUUCAGAUCAUUGACCUGAAGAAUGCCCCAGGACCGUCGAGGAAGGAAAUGAGGAAUGCUAUCAGUAAGGCUGUGAAUUUGCUUCAAGACAAUUAUCCAGAGUUUGUCUCCAGAAAUAUCUUCAUCAACGUUCCUUUUUGGUACUAUGCUUUUAAGCUGUCGCCGUUCUUGACACAGAGAACCAAAAGCAAACUCGUUUUUGCUCGGCCAGCCAAGGUUACUGAGACUCUACUUAGGUACAUUCCAGCAGAAAACAUACCAAUCCAGUAUGGCGGCCUAAAACGCGAAAAAGAUGAAGUCUUCUCUGUAGGAGAAGAUGUAGUAUCAGACAUUGUCAUCAAAGCCGGAUCCACUGAAAAUGUGGAAAUUCGGGCGCCAAAGGUUGGAGACACUAUAAUUUGGGAUAUAACUGUAUUGGGAUGGGAAGUAAACUACAAGGAGGAGUUCGUUCCUACCGAUGAAGGAUCAUACACAAUUAUAAUUCAGAAAUCUAAGAAAAUUUCGUCUCAGGAGGAACCAGUUCGCAACUCAUUCAGGGUGACUGAACCUGGAAAGGUUGUCCUGUCGAUCGAGAACAACUCUUACUGGAAGAAGAGAGCUCUGUAUCGAUCAAAAGUUCUGAUCCCAAGUCCUUGAAGUCAGACUCAAGGUGGCAUGGUCAUGAUUGUUCAGAGAGAGGGAGAGAGAAAGAGAGAGAGAACCCUGUUUGCAACUGAGAUUUGUUAUUCAUUCUUUAACUGUGGGAGGACUUGUGUGCAUGUCCGGCUCAACUUUCUUCCCUACAGCAGAGAGAAAGAUAAUAUAGCUAUUCUUUUGGUGGACUUGUCACCAACUCGGAUUUGGUUAUUCAUUCUUCUGCAAGCACAGAUUUAUGUCCGUGUGAAUGUGCGCCUUGUAUAUGUUCAUUUUAUCUGUCCUAGAAGCUUGUAAGUAGCCUAUUUUUAUCAAUGGAGUUUGUGAUGCUUUCUAGUUA